UACUUCCGGUUGGGGUUUUGAACCUCGCCAUAAGCAGCAGCAGGAUCAGACCUGAGCGGUGGUAAAGUGGAGUCAUGGGUUUGAUGAUUUGGGCUUUCUGGAUCUCUGUGCUUUUCCACCAGAAUAUUUGUGCUGUACCAAUAAAUGAGGGGUAUAGAGAGAGACCCCUACUGGAUAUCAGAGACUUCUGGCAUAUCUCAGACCUGCACAUCGAUCCCACCUACCAUGUGACAGAAGAUCGCACCAAAGUAUGUUACUCCUCAAAGGGCUUUCCUGCAUCCGACCCAGGAGUUUUUGGAGAUUUCAUGUGUGACUCUCCUUUCAAGCUUAUUGAGUCUGCCUUUACUUAUAUGAAAACCACAGACCUUGACCCUGAAUUUAUUAUCUGGACUGGAGACAGUCCUCCACAUGUUCCAGCAGAUAAGCUGUCUACAGACACUGUGGUAAAUAUGAUCAGCAAUAUGACCAGCACCAUACGCCAGUUCUUCCCUCAGCUGCCCGUGUACCCCGCCCUGGGCAACCACGACUACUGGCCGCAGGAUCAACUUCCAGUGGAAGAAAAUGACAUUUACCAGGCUGUAGCCAGACUUUGGUCUCCAUGGCUACAACCAGAAGCCCUCGUUACCCUACGUAAAGGGGGUUUUUACUCUCAGCUGAUUAAACCUGGACUUCGGCUGGUGAGCCUGAACACAAACCUCUACUACAGUCCCAAUAAAUUAACAGUGAACAUGUCUGACCCAGCCGGUCAGUAUCAGUGGCUGCAGGACACGCUGGAGCUUUCCAAACAGAACAUGGAGAAGGUCUAUGUGAUUGCUCAUGUCCCGAUUGGUUACCUGAACUUUGCUAGAAACACCACGGCCAUGAGGGAAGACGAUAACGAAAGACUUGUGGACAUAUUCCGCAACUACAGCGACGUUAUCCAGGGACAGUUUUAUGGUCACACUCACCGAGACAGCUUCAUGGUUCUUCUGGAUAAGAAAGGAAAGCCUGUUAACUCCGCCUUUGUGACGCCGGCUGUGACUCCAUACAGAAGUUUUCUAGAGCAAUAUUCGAAUAACCCUGGUGUCCGCGUGUACCUUUACAACCCUCAGGACUAUGGCUUACAGGAUCUUUGGCAGUUCUACUUGAAUCUCACCGAAGCAAAUCUGGAAGAAAAACCCAACUGGAAACUUGAAUACAUCAUGACCAAAGCUUUUGGGAUCAAGGACAUCCAGCCAAAAAGCCUGCAUGAACUUGCACUGAAGUUUGAGGCACCAGAAAGCAAAGAAUUCCAGAAGUAUUUCAAUUAUUACAUGGUCAGUUACAAUGACACUGUCACUUGUACAGAGGAUUGUAAAACAACACAGGUCUGUUCUAUACACUUUUUGGACCAUGAGUCCUAUUCAAAGUGUGUGGACAAGGUCAUGGGUGGUGGAUUUUAAUGACAAAAGCAAUCUUAGAUUUUUUUUUGUUGUUGUUAUUGUUUUGUUUGUUGUUGCAAUAAAGGGAAUAGAUUUCUCCCAGUAAAGAAAAUGAAUAUUUUAGUUUACAGGAAUUUCUUUAAAACAAAAGGAAAAUGCAUACGGCACAGGCAUGACCUUGUCAUAUAUAAUAUUAUUACUUAUGAAAACUUGAAGACCUGAACUAACCCGAAUAUGUGACAAAAUGUGUGCUUUUCAUAUAAUCAAAUAAUUUGGCCACUUUUCUUUAAGGUUUAUGCUGUUUUUAGUCUGAUUGUUGCACUGUCAAAUUAUGCCUACCUUAUUUAAAACUUAAUUGUAUAAAACCAUAUAAUUAAAAUUUUAAUUAACCUGUUUAUAUGUUUUAAAGGGAUUUGCAUUGUUUAAUCAACAUCACAUCAUUAUUUUAUGUAAGUUUAAUAUAACAUAUUUUUGGUUGUUCUGUUUUUCUGCCAAGUGGUUAAUUUUAUGGGCAUUAUCGAGGCGGGAGAUUUAUUGUACCAAAGGGUCCUCGCUGUACAAUAAAGAAAUGACUGUUAAAAUG